CACUUGUUGUGUGCGCCUGUGUUUGUUUUUGUCUUGGAGGUGCACCAAACAAACAAUUAUCAAUCAGUCUGUUUAGAAACAACGAUCGAUCAACAACGUGUCUGACGGAAGUGUGGCCAAGAAAACGAAGGCACAUUACAAAACGGUGGUGAAUGGAAAUGUAAAGCCGUGCAGUUUGCAGUGCGAGCUUUUCAAUUUUUAUAUUUUUUACAUUAUUCUAAACAUCUCUGCGGAGGUGAGGUGAUAAUAGUGAAACAAAUUUCGCAAUGAUAAGGAAAGAUUUUUAAACAAAAAAAUAUUAAACGAAUUUCCAUUUAAACGUUAUAAAAAUAAUUGCCAUUCAUGGAUUUCCUUUUAAUUACACAAAUAAAAAAUUUAUAAAUAGUGCAACAAGAGUAUCCAUUCAUGAAAUCAAUAUUGAAUUAAAGUGUGCAACAUAACUGUGAAUUGUAUAAUUGUAAGAAACAUCAUCUUGUGAGAGCAAAAGAGAAUAAUAAGAGAUAUCUGCUCCAAAGUGCAUCGGAAUCGUAAGAAAUGUGGAAAAAACGUGCGCGUGUCUAAUAAUCGCUGUUAUCAUCUUCAAAUCAUCAACCCAAUAAAAACAACAUCAACAAAAACGAGAAGACAAACUUUAUAAUCCCCCGCUUAAGCCGCUGAAUUGAUGUAACACAGAGUCAAAUAUCAAAAUAUUGAAUCUGUUUUUUAAAUGUAAACAAGGUAAUCCAGCUCAAAUGAGGAAAAACUGCAAUGGCAUAACUGUUACACACCAGCCGCCAGCAUGUUGUUGUAUUUGUUGUACAAUAUGUGUUUUUUUUUUUCUUACUGAACCAUGAAUGAGUAUCAACAGCAACAGCAACAACAACAACGUGAAGGAAAAGCCCCCUGCCAUCAUUAAAGAAGUGUGGUGAGCCUUAAAGAAGUACUAAUCCAAAUCCUAGCAACAACUCCUAUAACUUACAUAUGCAAUAAUCCGGCUAUCGCGAAAGAAAGAAAAAACUUGCCACAGUGUCAGCUAAGCCCGCGCAUACCACAGGCCACCGCCACCACCACCGUCAACAUUCGUCUAUGGUUUUUGCCAAAAAAAACUACAACUACUACAACAGCAGUAACAACAAAUAUAUAUUACAUUGCAUAUAUCGUUCGUAUCUAUAGCGUCGCGUGUUUUAUGCCUUUGCCGUUUGGAAAUAUUUUAUUCGGUUGUACCUCCGUCGUCGUCGUCGCGGCAGUCUUCGGCACUGCACUGCUGUAGUAACAGCAACAAAGUUUCGCAGUAGUUCGAAUAUCUGUAACAUUAGCUUGGCGAACGAAAAGCAAUUGGCUUCAUUUCUGUUUUCAAGUUAAUUUUAAUUUCAUUAUUUAGAGUGUCGUAUGUUUGUAUGUACGUGUGUGUCUGAUUGCCUUAAGUUCUCCUAACAUUACUUACUCCACUCUACAACUUGCUGCUACUUACUCCUCCCUUGUCGUUGCCUUCAUUGUACCAGUCAUUCGCUUGGUGUACUACAUAUAAAUUGCAAAAUUUACCAACAACACCAACAACAACAAUCAUCAGAUUGAAUGUGAAUUUCAGUUUCUUAGUGAACAUGCCCUGCUGCUGCUGCUGCAUAGCUUAAGCAAAGAAAAAAAAAUUGAAACAAACGAAAUUAAAUCGAAUUGAAAACGAUAACAAAAACAAAAAAGAAAUACCUAGUUGCUGUUUUAAGUGCUUUUUAAUCAGAAUUGAAUUCGAAUAUCAAAACAAAACAAAGCAAAAACAAAAAAAAAAAAAAAACGACAAACGAAACAAAAAUAAAAAUUAAAAAGUGUUUUUAUUUUUAAUAUUUGAUUACAACUAAAAUCGAAAAGAAAAAAAUAUUUAAGAAAUAAAACGAUAAACUCCAGUGCUUGGUGUAUUUACAACGAAAAAGAAAACAAAACCUUUAUCGAAGUUUUGUUUUGAAAUUGUAACCCCAUAAUCGUGGGCGAUUUUUUUUCUGCUGCUGCACUCAGUGGAGAUUGAGGAUAUUCUUAAGCCAAGAUCUCAAUCAUCUACAGAAUUUUAGAUUUCCUGCCAACUUAAAAGUAGAGUUGGUACACAUAAAUAUCGUAAAUAAAGUGGUACAUCAUCAGCCCAAGUCAAUUAAACCAGGAGAAAGAGAAUUAAAAAAAACUGACAAAAGUCGGCUUCAGCUAAAUAUACGUAAAUAAUUUGAAAAUCCAAAUUUAAACAAAUAUCCCAAAAAAGAACUAAAAUAAAUUAACAUUAAAUGGAUCAAAACAAUUAACCAACUUAUAAUGACAACAACAACAACAAUAGCCACAAGAUAAUUAGCAACAAAAACAAACAAAUCCACAUCAUUAAGGGCAGCAGCCGCCGCACUUGAUAUUCAAGCUUGUUAAUGUCAUAACCUCAACUAAAUUGAGUUAAUUAAAUGGCAUUUUAAAUCAUUUUGGGACAGUUAAUGGUCUAAAAAAUGGACAAACUAUUUAAAAAGAUAAACAUCACGCAUUGCUGUAUCUCCUCUUCCUCCUCCACCAUCAAAAGCUGCUUUUCCUUCAACUUCAUCAUAAUUAUGAUAAUUUAUAAAUGAUAAUUAACAUUUCACUGCAGUUUCACGUAACGAAAACGAAUAACGACAAGCAAAAGGUGAUACACAAAUUUUUAAUUUAUUUGCGAAAAUAACAACAACAUCUACCAACGAAAAACAAUCAUUACUUCGAUUACAACAAUCACAAUAACGAGAACUGAUAAUAAAAAUUCAUCAGCACUCAUUUUUUGGGGCAUAAUCCAUCCCAAGUUAAAUUCUCUUAACCAUACUGUGAUAACAAAAACCAAAAGAUGAAGUCGUUGGCCUUAAACUUGUUCCAAAAAAUACUUCCACUUUUAAUGGUCUUACUGUUGUUAUUGUUGGCAACAUUAGCGACAGCCGCAACCACAACGACAACAACAACAGCACCCGCAGUGGAAGUAACAUCCUCCACGCCAUCAUCUUCAAGGCGCAAUCAACAUUUUGCGGGACGAACUAGAUUUUCAUUUGUACGAACGACUACACCCGUGCCUCCAUCAUUACCAAGACCUCCGCAAUUAAGACGUCGUUUUAGCACCACCACCAUCUCCCCGAGUGGCAGUAGUGGUGGCAGCAGCACCAGCAGUAUAUCAUUGCCAACCUCCACAACAUCACCGCCUGCAACGGCGGCAAAGAUGGCCCAACGACAAAGACGUCUGCCACAGGCAGCAAGACAGCACGCGGCAUCAGCCUCUGAAAUUAUCACCUCCAAGCCAGCAAUCGUGGGUGAAGCCUCAACAUUGGCUUCGACACGGCUGGUUCGGCAUGUGGAUGCGACCACCCCAAAAUCGAACAGCAACAAAGAUGAUGAUGGUGGCGGCGGUGGCAUACGACAGCAUCGUAGUUUUCAAACCAACAGUCAGACGGAUCGUUCAUCAGUCUUUGGAGAGGAAAAUGGGGAUAAGACACAAUUUCCAACGAAACGACGAACAUUUGGACGAACUGUCGUCCCAACUGAGGGCAACAACAACCACAACAGUGCCGCUGAGAGUCCCUCGCCAAGAUAUCAACGUUUCAGAACGACAACCAACUACAAUAAGUCGCAAUCAUCAUCAUCAGCAACAACAACGGCUCACUUUGAUGGCCGACAACUAUCAUUGAAAAGCAAUUCUGCAUCAGAUGACGAUAGUCCUACGAAGUUGCCGCCACCACCACCAUCACCAACUGGAAAUUCGAACAACAUAAAAUUGACAACUCGCCACAAUCAGCAGCAGACACCAAAAACCCCCCGUAUGAUCCACCGUCUAGUUGCUGGUCAUAUACAAAAUAACGAUAAUCGUCCCGCGGCAUCCAGCAACAAUAGCACCCGGAUUAGAUAUAUCCUACCCCUAAAUACCGAUGACACAUCCCCAUUGGGAUCCCGAAAUAAUGGAAUACUGAGCAGUAGCUAUAGAGAUAAUAAAUUAAAUGCCAAUAUUCGAAUAGAUAGCCGAACCACAACAACGACAACAGAAACUCCCACUUCAAAAGGUAUCAAAAAUUCCACCCAUGACGAGGAGGGAGAUUAUCAUGAUGAUGAUGAGGCCCUCUUAGAUGAUUCGGGAGAUUUUGAUAAUUGGGAUAAUGGUAUACUCCGGCUAAGUGCUGGUUCAGGUAAAGAGAACACCUUAAAAUCCAAAAAGAAUAAAGAUGAGUCAAAAAAGACCUUGGCCGAUCAGGUGAAGGAUGGUAAAUAUGGCCUUAUUGAAAAGGAAUUGUUUCGCCGACCUCCAAAGAGGCCAGGCGUUUUGAGUUAUUUACCCAACAAAGAGGUACCCGAGGAUAAUGAACGUAACUAUGGCGGCUUGAAUGAGGAAGAUAUUUGGCUGGCCGAGGAUCAUUUGCUCGUAAUCAAGGGUGGCAGUUUGAAUGAGGACAAUCCCGCCGAACCGUGGCCGGCUAUUGAUGACUUCAAUGCCGCCGGCAGGCAAAUUAAAAUCCCCGACAAUCCAAAAGUCCCGCCACCCUUUCCUGUCCAACUCGAAGAAAACGGCCCCGUACAGCUUAUCGGAAAUAAUAAACUCACGGUCGUCUAUCCGAUCGCUAACGAACCGUUAUCGAUUUAUUCCGGCGGCAGCGCGGGCCCAGAAGUCCACAACGCAUCGCCCGAAAGUGACAGUGACGACGAGAAAAAUCUUAUUACCCGGCCGGGAGCGCUUAAGGGUGUUAAAGAGAACGAAGAUGCCGCGGGCGGUUACAACUACGCGUCGCCCCCACUCCCUUGGCUUGUUGCGAACAACAAAACGUCUGUUGAUUCGGCGCCACCGUUAAAUAAGCCGGUCAAUUAUCCGGUUUUGGGACCAUUCCUCUAUGGACGCAAUGGUUCGCUGGAUAAUGCCACCGAUGACUUUGAUGAGGAUGAUCCGUCGUUGUAUUAUCCUCCACCCUAUAGUUUUGUUUAUAAGAGCAAUUACACGAACCCAGUGCCACCAGGUCCAUUGGUACCGGGUAUUGUUGUGCCACCACCGCCAGAUCAGUUCAGUAAACUGGAGAAAUCUGAAAAGGAACGACGUCCCUCCCACGGUGGUGUUUCCACGCCCAUACGUUAUAGGGUCUAUAGCACCACAUCGACCACAACCCCCUUGCCCAUUGUUACCACAACAACAACAGCACCAACCACUUCGAGUACUACAACAACAACGACGACGACGACCACAACAGAAUCGCCAUAUAGAAAUACGAUUACCAAAAUUACCGAAUACACCCCGAAGAUUAUCCACAUUGCCUCGCCGUCACCAAGGCCUGUUUAUACACCCACAGCCUCGCCAGCAAUUGGUUCGAGAAUACCUACAACAACAUCCCCACCACCCAACCGGGUUUCACUACAAAACAUCCAACCCGUUCCAGUACCUGUCGCCGUCCCCAUACCCAUUUACCCCGCCAAUGUGGAACAGAACAUACGACCUGGAACCAUAUCCUUUGUGCCCACAACCCCCGAACCCAAUGUGGAAAGCUUCUCCAAAUCCAACCCCAUCUACUAUGAAUACUUUGAGGCCAAGAGACAACAUCAGCCGACCUCCCAAAUAUUCGAUGAAUUUCUCUCGACGACCGUUAAACCCUAUCCCACUCCGUCACCGAAACCCAUUAAGCUAUACAACACCAGUAAGAGGCCAUACAAGAACCGUUAUCUGCAAAAUAAUGUCCCAUCCAAUCAUCGUUAUGUAGAUGAAAAUAUUGUGGUGAUAACCCCGAAACCGGAGCUACGUCAGAAACAGAGACCCUACUACAAGCCAAGGCCUCUGCACAAUUUCGAACAGGAUGUGUCAAAUGUGCGGGAUAGCUUACGUUACUAUCAGAAUCAGGAGUUAAGGGAUAACAAUAUUCCAAGGACCCCCAAAGCCAAACCGGUAUUUGAUUACAACAACAACUACGAAACCACCAAAUCGGUAACAUCGGACGGCUCACGAAAUACCUUCCAACCUCCACUGGAGUACGAUGUAGAACCCUUCCAACCCAUGGUAACCUAUAGUCCACCGGUGGGUGAUGAUGAUGCAUUUAAAGCCGUAAAUCUCGAUAAAGCCGACAAUAUCUCUCUCCAACCCCAGGGACGCGAAGAACCCGCAGGAGAGCAGGAACUAUAUUCUCCUCAACCGAAAUAUGUCAGCACCACCACCCUUGUGCCCAUACAGCAGCCGGAGAGGUCCAAGAAACUUAGGGCUGGGGCUAAAUAUCUCCAGCAACACAGCAGCCAGUAUCAACAACAACGGCAACAACAAUUCCAGCAACAACAACAAUUCCGUCAACAGCAACAACAACAGCAGCUGGAAUACAACCGCUGGGUAGCCGUCAAUAAACAGGAAUUCGAAACCAGAUAUACCACGCCAGAGAAUGCGCCGCGGCAACGGGAACGUUAUCAAGAGCCCGCUCCCAUACUACAGCCUCAGAGGAAUCGUGAUGGUUACUACUAUGGACCAUCGCGGCAAAAUAAUCGUUUCUACGAGGAACCUUUUCAAAAUGCACCAAAUCGUAAAAUUAUCAAUUAUCGGCCAGCGGCUCCACCCAUCUCUGCACCGCAGGUUCAGCAACAACAGCUGGCACCACAACCGCUAUGGAGUUUGGAGAAUGAUACCUAUGUCAACUAUGCGCCCAAUCGACCACCCCUCAAUCCUGAUGCAGAGUUCAUAAAUCCCUAUCAGACAAUACCCAUUAACACGUAUCAGCAGCAGCAGCAACAACAACAGCAAACACAAAGGCUUGGGGCCUAUCAGCAACAGCUACACCACCAACAACAGCAGCAGUCGGGUAUAGCCCCUCCAGCAUUGUCACAUCAAUCACAAUACUAUGCCCCACCACAGCAAGUGCAGGUACCCCAACGCCUGCCAAGUCGACAAUUUCAAUCACCACCCCAACCAGUAUCAUUGCAUCGCGAUAUUCUGGUAAAUUAUCGUCAACCUCUGCCGCCCAUAAAUCCCGAUAGUGAAUAUAUUUCACAUCCUCAGGUGGUACGCAAUCCCAUUGCUGCUAAUCCAUAUUAUCGCAAUGGUGGUAACCAAUAUCGUCCCGCUGGCAUUCCCGUGCCAAAUCUAAAUAUUGAAAGUGAAGCUGAUGUCUAUUUUCUGACGCCGAAAUUUCGACGUGCCAAUAAUUUAGGUAAUAGCAAUAAUUCCGAUAAUCGGAAUCAACCUGCGACAAAUGGCAAGUAGAGGGUAGGCGUGGGGAGUAUUAUAGCCAACAAUCAUAAAAAUAAUUUUCUGUCCUAUAAGUGUGCGCAGGGUAGAAUCAUCGAGGUAAACCAGCGCAAUCAUAUUCGCCUUUUUUUCAAAAUUAUUCCUUUGACAAUAUCUCAUUGUCCAAAUGUGUAUUUUUGAGAUCCAUUGUAUAUUCAGAAACCAGGGAUGGGAAUUGGUUUUCUAUGCUGUUAAAUUUUGACAAAUGUUCUGUUCCAGAACCGAUAUCAUAAAGAGAAAAUCGGUUAAGGUCGUAAAAACUUUUACAUUUCUGCAGUUAUGGAACAGAGCAAAGGUAAAUUACAGAAAAAUUUCGAGCCUGAUAUCAUUUUUUAAAAUAUGUCUACCUUCAAAUAGUUGUACCAUGAGUGUACGUUUGGAAGCCAAAGCCUAUCUGAUGCUGGUGAAUUGUCUAGAAAUUUGGGAAACUGCAGCUAGUAAUUUGAGAAUCCGGUCUAAUAUAAUAUAGGGCAUGUAGUGCUAUUUUGUAACAAGUAUGGACCACUAACAAUAUUUUUAUCUUCAUUAUACAUAUAUAGGUCUCUUUGGACCAAAUCCGUUUCAGGACAUUUGGAGUCGAUCUAGCGAUAUCCGUCCGUCCGUCCGUCCGUCCGCAUGUCGGUCUGUCUGGCUGGUGCGCACUAUAACUCUCGAAGGGAGUAUCCAAUUUGGUCCAAACUUGGUACAUCGUGAUAUUUUUAUCAAACUUUUAUCAAGUUCGGAGAUGGGCAAUAUCGGCCACUUCUUUUGGUACCUCCCCCAUAAAAGUUCAAAAUUUUCAAAAAUAUAGUAUUUGCACAGAAAGAGUAACUAUAAUUUGAUUUUGCUCCAACUUUGCAAAUUCUAAUAUCAGUUCUAGGUCAGGGGCGAAAGUGGAGAAUAUAGGUCCACUCCAUCAAGUACCACCUCCGCAAAGAGUCAAAAUUUUGAAAAAUUACAACUCUUAUAAAAUGUGAUGUAAGAGUCCGACUGUCUUCAAAUUCCACACAUACCAAUAUUUUUAUUGACCCAUGGUCUGGUGUUAAGAUGGAAUACAUCGGUCUACUCCUUCUGGUACCUCCUCCACAAAAGGUCGAAAUUUUCAAAAAAUAUAUUUUUUGAACAGAAAGAGAAAUGAUAAUCCGAUUUUGCUCCAACUUUGCAAAUCAUAAUAUUUGCGUCAAUGCUAUGUUAGGUGUGAAAAUGGGUCGGUCUCGGCCCACUCCAUCAAGUACCUCCCACACAAAGGGUCAACAUUUUGAACAAUUUUAACUCUUAUAAUAUGUGAUGUAAGUUUCCAAAUGUCUUCAAAUUACACACAUUACACUAUUUUUUAUAAUCAAAGGUCUGGUAUUAGGAUUGAGUGGUCCACUCCUUCUGGUACCUCCCCCACAGAGGGUCAACAUUUUGAAUACCCACGAAGCUAAAAAAACGUGAAAUUAACAUCCGAUUCCAUUCAAACUUGGCACAUCUCAAUAUUUCUAUCAACACAAGAUCUGUUAUAAAAAUAGUAGAGAUCGGACCAUUUCUCCUGUUACCUCCCCCACAAAGGGUCAAUAUUUGAAAUAAACACAACAAAAAUCCAAAAUAAACAUCCGUAUCUCUUCAAAUUGCACAUAUCACUAUAUUUUUAUUAACCGAAGGUCUGGUGUGAAAAUGGAAUAUGUCGGUCCAUAAAGAUGCUAGAAAUCGGAUAAUUUCUUCUGAUGCCUCCCCCACAUAAGGUUCAAGAUUUUUGAAAAACAAAACUCUCGAAGCAUUGUCUGUCUGUCUGUCUGUCCGUCUGUAUGUUGUAAUAACGCUAUCUUUCGAAUGAAUUGAGAUGGAAGGCUAAAAUUUUGCACACAUGUUUACUUUUCCAGUAGGCAGGUUAAGUUCUUAAAUGGGCCAUGUAGAUUCUCGUUUUCAUAUAACCCACAUAUAACGGUGCCUCCUGAUAUUCGGUAUUUUGAUGAUUUUACCGACAUUAUUCACUGGAAUUGUUUCAAAUUACGUAUUUAAAAUUCGUUAUGGGAACUACAGUCUGUGACAGAAAAUUGUCUAUGCAAGUCCAGGUCUUCGCACAACCCCGAUAUAACGGUACCUCCCUAUAUACGAUAUUUGGAUGAUUUAAGCUACAUUAUUCUCCGUUUAUUUUAAGUUUCGAAUUUGAAUAUGUUAAUGGCUUAUGACAAACAAUGCCUAUGUAGGUCCACGUCGUAUAGACCCCAAUAUAAGGGCUAUAUUUGGUAUUUUUAAAAUUUUAACAGAAUUUGUGAAGGAUUUUAUUUUUUGAAAAUUUCGAAAUUCGUUCCAAAUGGUGGAGGGUAUUCAAAGUUCGGCCCUGCCGAACUUACUGCUUUUUAACUUGUUUCUUCUUGCUACCGCAAGAUCUAUUGUGAUGAUGAUAUAUAUCCGCCAACCCCUUCUGGUACCUCGCCUACAAACGCUUACAAAUGUACCAGAUAUCUUAAAGAGCUCGGAAAUUCCUUUGCCAAAUUUUAUCAAGAACGACUAAGAUUUGGAUACAGCUCCCAUAUAUAUCCUUAAUUCGAUUUCAAUUCGAAUUUUACUGUGCAAAUAAUGGCUAAUAUCAGCCCGAAUGGAGUGAAUUGCGGAACUUACGUUGGUGGAAUUCGUGAAGUGAUAUCAUGCACUAUGUAGCAAUUUUAUUUGGUAUAAUAGAUGAAUAUGUCUCCUUAACAGUUGGUGAAAAUCGAUUCAGAAUUGUAUAUGUCUCCCAUAUAUUAGUUCUCUCUCAAACCAACCUGUGACUGCUCUAGAGCCAAAUGUUGAUAGGUGGUAUGAUCUACUCAAAUAAAUUGUUUUGCUACGGAAACUCUACCAAAAAUACAUAGUGAUGAGUGGUAUUCUAAAAUUCCACCCCGACCGACUUUUGACUUUUCCUUACUGCAUAAAGGGAAAGUCGGUUAUCGUAUGAAAAUCGGUUUACAUUAGAUAUUUUAUAGAACUACAAGAAUGUAGAAGUUUUCACUACGAUACAUGAUUUUUCCUUUGCAAAACUAGUAGAUUCUUGCAAGUACUGGAACAGAGCAAUUCUUGAAGUUCUGGAACAAACCAAUGGUCAAUUUUACUUUCGGAUAUUGGGACGGUGAUCCCGUAAAUUAUUUUAAAAUAGUAAAUAGUUUUAGCAAAUUUAACCGGAAGAUGUAUAUUGCAAGUUCUGGAAUACAACUUUAUUUAUUUGGUUCUUCCCUAUCACUUCCUUUGAAAUUAAAUGUUUAGUAAUUUAAAAAUUGGUUUUAACAUAUCUCCCUAGCUUAUCAUGGGACGUUAAUUGUGUAUUUUAAAUAUUGAUUUUCAUUUCCGGCACUUGUACAUUUAUUUAUUCUCAUCUAUCUCGACAGCAUAUCUUAUAGGCUAAAUCGAAACGACUUUCGACUUCUUCCAACAAUACUCUAUAGCAGAACAAAGCAAAUAUGUUUUACUCAAACUUUUUUUUUCAACAAACCGAAAUGUUAAAUCUUCAACGGUCUUGGAUCCUUAUACAUAUAUACUCUGAAUCAACUCUUUAUUUUUUAUAUACUUAAUAUAAUUCGUUAUUAAUUUUCAAUUACAUUUUUUAAUCCUAAAGCAAUCCUAUUUACUUACUACAUACAUACUCUCAUUUCUCUUUUUUUCAAUGUUAAUUUUCUUUUACUUAUUUAAGUUAUUUUAAUUGUUAAACUGGUCAAACUAAGGAAAAAACGAAAAAACGCAAUAAAUUGUUUAUAGUAUGUUAUUUCUUGUAAAUAGUUGAUAACUAAUAGUAUUAAUUACUACUAUUUUAAUUUUAAUUUUUUUUGUACACAAAAAUAUUAUUUUUCUUUUUUAAUAAUUCUCAUAUGAAAGCCAUAAUUUUUAAGAAUAACCUAAGUUAAAGGCGAAGAUAAACGCGUUUAAAAUUAGUGAACAAAAAUAUUGGGUUUUAAUAAAUUAAGUUAAUUUUUUUACGUAUAUGUUGUGACUCAUUUUAACUAAGUUUAUGUGAAAUCGAUUAAUUGUUAUAAGCAAAAAUUAUUAAAUAAAUAUUUAAUAAAUUAUUAAAAUGGAAAUAAUUAAAGAAA